AUGUUCGAUAUGAACUUUAGGGUGGGCUUUGAAUGGUACACGUCGGUACCAAUUACUACUAACAAUCGACUUUUGUGGAUUGCCACAUUAGUGGCAGUGCUCUCCACAGAUCAUGCGCAAGCAUCCAGUGAGAGAAGCAAAAGAGCGAUAGAUACAAAAUCACAAUUUGGAGGCUACAACUAUGAACCACCGAAUCAAAUAUUCACUCUACCACCGCGACAAACGCCUGUACAAACACCUAGACCACCACCGAUACAAACUAGACCGCCUGUAACUCCAGGAUAUCCCUAUUCAACUCCAGGUCAUGACAUAACAUACACAGAAAGGCCGGUAACGUACACCUUGCCCACUCAAGCUCCUCCAACGGGUUAUACCUAUACAGAACCGACGCGAGCACCACCGCCACAUACAUUUAGGCCAACGCCUGGACCUCCUGGACCUCCAGGACCUACGACGUCAAGUGGAUACGAUUACCCAGUUCCAACAAGAACUCUCCCGCCGAUAGGACCGCCUACGCGGCCACCAUACGGACCUCCUUCUCCUCCACACACACCUAGACCUCCAACACCUCCACCACCGCCAACGCCACCACCAUAUGGACCACCUUCUCCUCCACAGACACCUAGACCUCCAACACCUCCGCCAUAUCAUCCACCCUCACCUCCUCAGCCACCUAGGCCUCCAACGCCACCCCCAUAUGGACCUCCUUCUCCUCCACAGCCACCAAGACCUCCAACACCUCCACCGUACCACCCACCUUCUCCGCCACAGCCACCUAGGCCUCCAACACCACCGCCAUAUGGACCUCCUUCUCCUCCACAAACACCUAGACCUCCAACACCUCCGCCAUAUCAUCCACCCUCUCCUCCUCAACCACCUAGGCCUCCAACUCCACCACCAUACGGACCUCCUUCACCUCCUCAAACACCGAGACCUCCAUACCCACCAUACGGACCACCUUCCCCUCCACAAACACCUAGACCACCAACACCUCCGCCAUAUCGUCCUCCUUCUCCACCACAGCCACCUAGAACACCCGCGCCACCAGAUGGAUACUCAUAUCCAGUUCCAUCGAUAACAUUCCCGACACCUGGACCACCUACGCCAUAUAGACCUCCUUCUCCCCCACCACCUAGACCGCCGACACCUCCUCCUUACGUACCCCCCUCUCCUCCACAACCACCCAGACCGCCAACGCCUCCACCUUACGUGCCUCCGUCUCCACCACAGCCACCUAGACCCCCAGUACCUCCACAACCACCUAGACCGCCGACACCGCCACCUUACAUAACUCCAUCGCCUCCACAACCUCCUAGGCCGCCAACACCUCCGCCAUACAUACCUCCUUCUCCUCCGCAACCACCUAGACCUCCAUUACCUCCCCAACCACCUCGACCUCCCACUCCACCACCGUACUUACCUCCGUCCCCUCCACAACCACCUAGGCCACCAACACCACCGCAACCACCUAGACGGCCUACUCCUCCACCAUACAUACCUCCUGGUCCUCCGCAGCCACCAAGACCUCCAACACCUCCGCCAUACCAUCCACCUUCUCCUCCACAACCGCCCAGACCGCCAAUACCUCCACAGCCACCUAAACCACCAACACCUCCACCAUAUUUACCCCCAUCCCCACCACAGCCACCAAGACCUCCGACGCCUCCACCAUACCACCCACCUUCUCCUCCACAGCCACCCAGACCUCCAACGCCUCCACCAUACCACCCACCUUCCCCUCCACAGCCACCUAGACCACCAACACCUCCACAGCCACCAAGACCUCCAACGCCUCCACCAUACCACCCACCUUCUCCUCCACAGCCACCUAGACCACCAACACCUCCACCAUAUUUACCCCCAUCUCCUCCACAGCCACCAAGACCACCAACACCUCCACCAUACCAUCCACCUUCUCCUCCACAGCCACCCAGACCUCCAACACCUCCACCAUACCACCCACCUUCUCCUCCACAGCCACCAAGACCUCCAACACCACCACCUUAUAAUCCUCCAACGAAGCCCAAUACUUAUCUACCACCAGAUCGUCCAACUACUCACGGCCCAUACACUUCAAGACCUACAUCCUCUUACGGAACCACUCCAAGACCUACGUAUUCCUAUGGUACUACUCCAAGACCUACAGUCACGUAUGGCACUACCUCUAGACCUACGGUCACGUAUGGUACCUCCAGACCUACACCUUCUUACGGGACUACCCCAAGACCUACAGUCACGUAUGGUACCUCUAGACCUACAACUUCUUACGGUACUACUUCGAGACCUACAGUCACGUAUGGUACCUCGAGACCUACACCUUCCUAUGAUACUACCCCAACAAGACCAACAUUCACGUAUGGUACAACCCCAAGGCCUUCGUCACCAAUAACUUACGUAACAUCAGUCGCCACCUCCAGACCCACUCGACCAACAUUCGGACCUACGACCCAUCGUCCUUUCACGGACGAGUCCUCUUACCUUCCACCGAUAGAUGGUCCGAAGCCAAGUACUCAAGGUCAACCAUACCUCCCACCAUCCACCCCAUCCACGCCGCGUGUAACCGUUACGCCGCCACCUCCACCGACGCCUAUCUACACUCUCGUGCCAACCUCGACCAUCUACACUCCUCCACCGACUGGUAACCCGGCGCCGCCGCCCACUCUUCCGCCUACGACCAAGAGACCUAUCGGUUACUUCUACGAGGUGCCAGAAAAUCCGCUUGAGUUACCCCUGCGAUGA